AUGGCGUCAAACGGCCGGCGAACAGCUCUUGUGACCGGCGCAACUGGACUACUCGGUCGCGAGAUCACAGCUGCAUUUCGGCAGAGCCCCAAGUGGAAUGUCAAAGGCACAGGAUAUUCCCGAGCUGACGGUGUUGACAUCCUCAAAGUCAAUCUCGAGAAUGAAGAUUUAAAUGAGCUCAACACCGUACUUGACGAAACACAACCUCAUGUCAUUGUCCAUUCUGCUGCUCAACGAUUUCCGGACCGGGUCGAUAAAGACCCCGAGGGAGCCAGGAGUCUUAAUAUUGCUGCCAGCCGACGGCUUGCCCAGGUAGCAUUAUCUAGGGAUAUCUUGCUCAUAUAUAUCUCCACAGAUUACGUUUUUCCUGGCAUACCAGGAGAUGCCCCUUACGAAGCUGAUGCAACGCCAAAACCAACAAACUUGUAUGGACAGACAAAGUUCGAUGGAGAGCGGGCCAUUCUGGAGGAGGCUGCGAAGGUCGGGAAACCUGGUUCGGCGAUAGUCCUACGCGUCCCUGUUCUGUACGGCCACGCUGAGACCCCCGCCGAGAGUGCUGUCAAUGUCUUGAUGGACUCUGUCUGGAAAGCCCAGACUGAAGGCGCCAACAUUAAGAUGGAUCACUGGGCUGUUCGGUAUCCUACUAACACCGAGGAUAUUGGACGUGUAUGUCGAGGUAUGUUUCAGGUACUCAUCAUUCCUACCACCCAUAUGGCACGAUUCAAACAGUAUACUGCAAAUUUCAACUGCGCGCUAUAUGACCUUGUUCACGAUCCGAAACGCGUAUUCGUGAACAUGGCAACUAAAGAGUUUUUUCCAGAUAUGGCAGCGAAGUAUCUCGACGCAAAUGGGCCUGACCAUCGCAAGGCAUUACCGUCCAUCCUGCAAUUCUCUAGUGAGGACAAAAUGACAAAGUACGAAAUUUGUCAAUUAUUUGGAAAGAUAAUGGGGCUGGAUACCUCAAACAUUGAGGCAAAUACGCAAGGAAAUGAUCCGAAUGCUGCAGUACAAAGGCCUUAUGAUUGUCACCUCAGCACGAAAGCACUCCAAGACUUGGGCAUCGACAUUUCCACGUGCAACUUUGUGGAUUGGUGGCGUCGAGAGAUUCGAGCAUUUAGCAAGUAG